UGUGGGCCUUCUGCAGCAGAAAAAAACAAACACCCUUCAUCGGUUUCACUUUAAGACCCAAUCAAAGUCAUAAUUUUGGAGAUGAAUGUAUUUUGUAUUAUACACAUUAUGUUUACUUGGGAAAAUACACAAAUUGAUUGAAUGCAUUCAGGACCCCCUCCCUCACCUAUAGAAGCAAAUGAUGGUUUCUGUCUUUUUUUUAGCCUAAUAAGGUUUUACUGACGAAGGCAAAAGAAACAAAAAGUACAGGACUGAAGGAACAAAACAGAACAUAUGAAGCUGCAUCUGUAGCGUUUUCAGCUUGGGACCCGGUGGUGUUGGGGGGGCCCCAGGCUGUCGCCCACAUUUGCCUAAUGGUAAGUCCGGCCCUGCUACAACGGAGUCUGAUGAUUCUGAUCAUGUUUAGUGAAACCGAAACCGAAAAUGAUUGACCUCCAUCACAGAGCAAAACAACACAAAGAGAAUCCUCUUCAUCAUCGGACAGCAGUGGUUCACGUCAAAUGCAGGAAAAUGUUUUCAAACUUUCUGCUCCCAGAAGUGACGUCAGUGUCUGAUUAGAUGACUGUUUACAGAUAAACAAAUACCUGAAUUAUGGCCGAUGUUUGCCAGAUCAGCUUUCACGCAGCAUCCGUGCACAGGGGGCGGGGCGCCGCGCGCACGGUCCUGAUGGGAGGGCGGUGCGUGCGCAGCGGGUGGCUGCGGCGUCUCAGACGAACGGAGAUCCGGACACGCGCAAAACAAGCUGGCGCUGCGUGGAGAUGCGGCCGCGCGUGGCCCCGUCCACUGACACGCGCAACGGAGGGAAAGUGCGAAGACUGGUGUGAAGUUAGGAUGCGCAAACGGCUCCUCCUGCUCCGGGCUCCGCGCUCCUGAACGCCGAGUUGUCCUCCCGUUGUUAGGGGUAACGGGGAAGGAGCGGGAAGAGACGCUGGGAUGUUGUGAGAGACGCGGGACACCGGACGGAAGAGGGGACCCUGGUGGAUUAUGGCUCUCGCGGCGUUUGCCCUCAGCCUCCUCACGCUCGCGCUCACAAACUUCCCGGGCUCCAGAGCCAGCAGCCGGCAUGCGGUGUACUGGAACAGCUCCAACCUGCUGCUCCGUAGGGAGGGGUUCACGGUGCAGGUCAGCGUCAACGACUACCUGGACAUCUACUGCCCUCACUACAACAGCAGCCAGCGGGGGAGGCUGGAUCGCGUCGUCGCCGAGCAGUACAUCCUCUACAUGGUCAACUACCACGGCUACCGCUCCUGCGACCCCAAGGGGGGGUCCAAACGCUGGGAGUGCAACAAGCCCCACGCCCCCCACGCCCCCAUCAAGUUCUCGGAGAAGUUCCAGCGAUACAGCGCCUUCUCUCUGGGCUACGAGUUCAACGUGGGCAAAGAGUACUACUACAUCUCCACGCCCACCCACCACCACGGUCACAGCUGCCUGAGACUGAGGGUCUACGUCUGCUGCUCCACUGCCUCUCAGGCGGAUGACGACUCCGGUCAGACGUCUCCAGACUACACAGUCCGGCCCAACAUCAAAAUUCAGAACAUCGACGAAUUUAACCCUGAAGUUCCCAAGCUGGAGAAAAGCGUCAGUGGCAGCAGCCCGUCCCGCGAUCGCCUUCUCCUCACCGUGGCCGUGCUGCUGGCAUCCGGCCUGCUUUUGUCCUAGCGGCCGCCGCAGAGCCGUCCUGCACCGCUGACCCGCCCCGUCCAAAGGGCUUCGUACCUGCAGGGUGAUCGGAGAGGAGAGGACGUGAGGGAAGGAGUGGGACCUGUGUGCUUCACACAGGUGAGGCGAUCGCAUCCAAAAUCACAACCAAUAAGAAGAGCAAAGUGCCAUCUCAGCUGGGAGGAGCUAGAAGUGGACUCUCAUUUUGUAGCAUAGAUUGCAAAUCAUCUAGGGAUCGUGCUCUGGAGGAAUCGGCAAACGUGGACGGAGCAGUGGACUUUAAGGCCUUGAAGCCCAGACGGAUGAUGGAUAAACCCCAACUGUGAUCCAUUAGGAGCGGGACGGACCGAGGAAGCGCCCUCGCCACGGCGGGCCCUGCAGGGCGGUGAAUAAUGAGAACUGAUGACAUUGUCCCGGACAGUGAAGAAUGUUUUUUCCCGCCGGUGCGUGCUAGCUGCGGGAAAUAGGAGCUGCAGACUUUACAGGAACAUCCACAGGCCUUUUAAUGAUCCGCUCUGUGCCGGCGUCAGAAACCCCCGGCUCUGGGACGGCCGCAGACGCACAGCCUGCUGUCAUCGGACGCUAAAGAGCGGCCUCUUGAAAACAAAUCUUUCUGCCUCUGCACAGCAAGAACCCAAGAAAAAUACAGACCCAGACCGGUCAUUUGGCGCCUCUUAGAAGCAGUAGACGCACCGACGCGGUUCCCUUAAGCACCGGCUGUCAUUUCCAAACGUCAAAUCUGAAAUCAGCAAUCAGCCGGGUCAUUCAGGACGGCCGUAAUAUACGAUUGUUCCGAUCCCCUAUUGAUCUGUCAUGAGGCUCACCGCCAAUCAGUGGCUGAUGGCCUGUGCAGCCAUCCUGGUUACCGUGGAAACCGUCCCCUACAGUCGCCAAAGUGCGGCAGGUGCCUGAGGAGACAUUUUUUUGCUUUGAGUCACAAAGUAACGCUGCCGCCAUUUUGUUAAAAACAUGAAAGGAAUAAAAAAAGAGAAGAAUGAAUGUGAAUUUUAUACGGUUCUACGCAGGCGUUCAUCUGAUCCAUAGGAUGUGCUGUAUUUAUUUCUCCAGUCUGUUUGGUUUGGAACUUCUGGAUAUCUUAUUUAUCAGUGUGUUUACUUGAAGAGCAACUGCAGCAGGUUUUCUUCUUUGGUGUUUCGCUCGUAGAUGAAUCGGUGUUGGACUGGAGGAGGUGCUGUGGGUGGGAUGGGUGGUCGCGUCACGCACUCGUCAGGAAACGCCUGCUAAUUCUGUUGCUGAACAGCAUGUAAUGAGCGUGCAGACGGCGGCGCCGCUGACGGAUGGGCGGCGCUUCCUGGAGCCCCAUGUCUGCUCUGUAAUGUAUAUGGAUGACACACACCGUGGUGGAAUGUGUGCGUUUGUGUAGAGACACGAAGACGUGACACGAAGUGUGUGCGCACCAAUGUUGGUAGAAUGUGUUUGUCUGCGCUUUUUCCAGUUUGUGGCAUUUAGACGUUUCAUUCUGAUCAUGGACUCAUUUGUAGGAUUUGAAUGUGUCUGAGAAAACCUUCUGUAGUCCCAGUUCCAGUUCCAGGCUGGGAAUAAAAGCAUUUACUGAGGUCAAGGAGCGUCGACAGGCCUGUGUCUGCCAUCGACUGUAUGUGAGACCUGGACCGAGUGACCCCGCCCCCAUGUUCCUAACAGGAAGUGGCUUCAAGAAGCCAGAAUCCCGUAGACGUACAGUACAGACCGAAAGUUUGGACACACCUUCCAAUUCAUUUGAAUGAGAAAUAAACAGCUGUUCCUCAGUCGUUCUAUUGGUCAGAAGAACCGUUCUGGAUCUGAUACAUUUCUUCUUCUUGAUGAUCUUUAUUUUUCCUGCAGUUAAAGUUAUUCAAGUUUUAAACUGACCAAUCAGAGACCUCAAUAAAGUAGGUGGAGCCUGCUGGCCCCCACGUCAAAAUGUUUGACAGAUUUUGAGGGAGGGGUGUGGCCUUCCAGCAAGCCCACUCCUGAUUGGUGAGAGUGGUUGCCAUAGAAACUCAGACCAUGACUGACGAUGUCUGGCUCCAACAAGGCGCCAUCUAUACUGCAAAAGCGUUGACUGAAUUGAUUUCAUUGGUCUGAAAUCAUUUCCAUCAUUAACCAUUUUCCUUGGGUGACUUUACACUCAGUCCAGCUCUGACGUACAGUCAAUGGUGUUUACCUUCAGCAUUGAUUAAAAACUGUACAUUGAUCCAAGAAUGAUUAAAAAAAUGCCAAUUAAACUCAGUUUCUCUUUUUCAACUUGUUUUUUUUCUUUUUGCUCACACAAAAACAAUGUAGUUGUUCUUCUUUGAGUUGUUCUUUGUCUGAUUUGGAAAAAAAAAAAAAAA